AUGCUGUCCGUGCAGGGAGAGUCCCUGGUCGGGCGGCUCGUGAAUGUGACAGGAGACCAUGAAGUUGUGGAGGGAGCAGUGGCCGCGGAGGCUUCCAUAAAGGGGCAAGUUGUGCGCUGGGCUCCUGAGGAGCAGUACUGCAUGGUUCGCAGCUUUGGUGGCGCCUUUGUCCGGGCUCGGCCAGCAUCACUGGCAGAGAUGGAGGAGGAGUUUGAUGUGCUCUGGCCGGAGGGUGACAAUCUGCGAUUGCUGGGCAAGGAGGUCGCGGAAUGCCUUGCAAAAAAGAUGCACUGCCUGGUGCAGUGUUUCGCGUCCUACGAGGUUGGCCUUCGAGCCACGGAGAUGGCGAGAAAACGACUUGGCUGGAGGCGCUUUCCCAAGGAGUUGGAGCCUUCUUACCUGGGACAGAAUGCGCAGGGUAAGAUCUUGUGGCUCCCGGCCGAUGAUCCCCGCCGAGAGGUGCAGUCGCCGCUGGAAUCCUGUGACAGGUUGCUUUCAAAGCUCGCCUCCGGCCUCUACGUGGAAUGCCAAGACACACUGGGCUUCCUGCCGGACGGACGCUCCGACGCGCUGCUGUGGCUGCCGCCAAAGAGCCACAAAGAGGAAGAGGCUAACUUGCGGCAACAAGAGAGGCUCACCGAGGAGCACGUCAGGGACGGCCAGAUCGAGGGCCACAUCGACUUCGUUCAGUCGCGCAAGGUGUGUGCUCUCUACCAGGUAGCUGGCAGUGCCAACGUUGUGCUGCACAGCGCCGAAGGUGUCCCUAUUCAUGUAGCUCUUCGAAGUGGACAAGUUUUGGUAUUCCGGCACGACCUUUUGACCUUCUCCCAUGAAGGCAGCAUAGAUUCCUUGGCAAUGCUGACGUGGAUUUUCUCGACAGGUUAUGCUGCGGAGGUCCAGCAGCUGGCCGGGAUCAUAGGGAAGGAGGCUGAUGUGGCCUCAGGCGUGAUCAGUGGUCCACUGUCGCCGGUGAACCCUGUGACUGGCAAGACAGUGAGCGUAAUGUCUGCGGACUGCAUGUUGGCAGGAAACGGCGUCUCUCCGGAAGAGUACUGGCAAAUGCUGGCCAUGGGGACUGACGGCUGCCGCCAUCUUUCACCCUUGCGGUGGGACCCAGAAGUGUACUUUGAGCCGGACAAGGACAUUGCCUUUGGCAAGUACUACUCCAACCAUGGUGGGUUCGUUGUAGAAGACUACUUCCUGGGCUUUGAUGCUGCCUUCUUCGGCUUCACGGAUGAGCAGGCAGCUAUGAUGGAUCCAAUCCAACGCAACACGCUCGAAGUGGGCUAUUCGACCCUCCUGAAGGCCGGAUGGAACAGGAAGCGGCUGGGGAAUGCAAACGUAGGUGUCUAUAUCGGCAACUGUGGGACGGACUGGUCGGGCAUGAAGCUUAUUCUCCCUUCGGAUCUUCCAAGUAUGUCGGCCGAGAUGGUGGCUUUUAGGUUGUCGGCAAUGUCAGCACAUUCCACGAGCACACGACUUUCCUACAUUUUUGGCAUGACGGGGCCUAUCAGUACAUCAGAUACUGCCUGCUCGUCGUCUUUGGUGGCGACUGGUGAAGCCCACAAUGCUCUUCGGCAGCUCGAUCCCGGGCAGAAGAAUAUCACCAGCAGCUCCGGAAGCACCGAGCAUGCUUUGGCCAUGGGCACCAACGGCUUGCUGGGCCCCUUUUCCUGGAUUGGGCUCUGUGGCCCUAAGAUGCUUUCAGCGAAGGGCCGUUGCUUCACUUUCGACUAUGGAGCAGAUGGCUUCGGUCGCGGCGAAGGCACAAGUGGCAUCUUCAUGCAAGUCACACACGAAGAGCCGACGGAGAGACUGGCGAUCUUCUGUGGCACCAACAUCAACCAGGAUGGCAG